GCCUGUCCUACAACCAGACCAUCACUCCAAACCUCCUGGGACACACGAGUCAGAGAGAGGCAGUUGCGAAGAUGUCCUUUUUCAACGUGUUGGUGCAAACGAUGUGCUCGGUGGACAUACGCCUGUUCGUGUGCAUGGUGUACGCCCCCCAGUGUUUGGCGGGGGAAGUGCAGCGGCCCUGCAGGUCUUUCUGCGAGAGGGCCAAGCAGGGCUGUGAGGGUUUGAUGACGGGCAUCGGCGUUUCCUGGCCGAAUGAGCUGCAGUGCAACUCGUUCCCAGAGGAAAGAUGUAUAGCGGAAGACAGCGGGUCUGACGUGUUAAAUGCUGAACAACUUCUCGCCAAGCUGAUUGCCGGAGGCUACUCCGUUCGUGGCAAAACGCUGAGUCUCAAGACAGCCCGCCUGCUGUUGACUCUCAUGGACGCAGACAAGACCGGAGACCUGGACGUGGUGGAGGUCUUCAAACUGGAGCACUACGUGGCUGUUCUCAGGAGGGAGUAUGUGGAGAGCUACGAGAAGAGGAACCCCCCCUCCGUCAUCAAAACCCAAAUGAAAAAGGCUCUGGCUCUCCGCGAAUUCAAUUUAGACGAUGAAACCUUCAGAGUUUUGUGGAACGAGAACCGCUCCACAGGCGGGAUCGACUACGACGAGUAUAUGGCGGUCCUGACGAAACUUCAGAUCCUCAGAGAGCGUUUCCAGACUCAUCUGCUGAGUUUGCCGUGUGACUGCAAAGUCGCCAGCUUCUCUUUCAAGCAGUUCAUGAAAGCAGCGAUAAUCUGAGGAUCAAACAGGAGAAGGAGAGAAAUUCUGAGAGAAUCUGUUCUGAGCUGCAGGGACCAAAUAUGUGGUCAUAAUUGAUCAUUUCCUCAUACUCAUUAAGACAUUUCCAUUGUUAAAGUUCAUGAAGAUUUAUGAUCGAUGUCUGAAGUUUAUAUUUUGUCAUUCUUUAUGUGUGUGCUCGAGUAUUUUCAAAUCACAUUUGACUCGUUUCCUCUCACUUACAUAAGAAAUACUCAGAUGAAAUGAUCAUACAACUUUUUUACGUUUUGCUUUAUUAUAAUCAAAAAAUUACAUAUCACGUAGUGAUGAUGGUCUGUUGCAUCUGUAUUUCUAUUAAAAGCUUUGAAGUUAAAUGAUAUAAGUGAUUAAAAACUGUCAAAAAGUUUACAUUGUACAUCAUUCAUAUACUGGUAAAACAAAGUUUUAUAUCUGAUUACAUGAAUAUCAUUUACAUAUUUGAAUCGAGUUCACUCGAGAUUCACCUUUUUUAAAUUGUGGGACAUAAACAGAAAAAAAGAUCAGAAGCUAUACAAAGUUAACGUGCAGUUUUCAAAAAGUUACUAGAAAAUAUUUGUUUCUAGACCAAAAAACAACAAAAUACAUUGUCUAUCAAAAUAACAAUAAUACAUAUUCAUAUAGUUCAUAUAUAUGGGCACAUUACUGGUGUGCCCAAAUUUGGAGGAAAAUCUAGAUCUUCUUAAAUCUGCAUUCACUGCUUCAAAAAAAAAGAUAUUAUCAUAACAAAGCAUCGUCAUAAUCUUUUGUCAUGAUUGUUAUGGAAAUAAGUAGAAUGAAAUAUAAAAUAAUGAGCUGAAUUAAACAAAUGUGUUACAAUACUUAAUAAUAAUAAUAAUUUUAUGCCACGUAACAUUAGUUAGAUAUUUGUUAUAGUUAAUUAUUUAAACAGCAUAUAUGGACUUUUGUUAGCUGUUUAUUAUCAAUAAAAGGAAUUGUCAGAUCUUUAUGUCUCUUUAAAAUAUCUGCUCCGAGGCAAGGUUGCUCAUUCAGUGCUUGUACAAAGGCAAUAAAGUAGUUCAUGAAUAUGAGAUAAAAGUUUACUGAUCAUUACAAUCCCUCCUCAUUCUGAAGGUUAGUUUAUGGCGUUAUGCUGGUCACACCUACACAUCUCUCCUACGGGGCCAAGCUUGAGUAUAAUGAAGCUACAUAGCAGAAUUUCAGGCAGGAUCACUCCUCAACCACGCUACUUCCUCUUAUCCAUAAACACCUGCUAGCUAACUUAACAAUAUAGGAGCAACAUCGGGCAUCCACUCAACUCAUAUUGAGCGUACUUUUUAUCUCAAUAACCCCAUCCAACAACGAUCUAUUUGGAUGAAAUCGGAACGUCAAUGUCCAAAUAUUCCGUCUGGCACCGUAACAGCCUUCACAGAAACUCUGUUCUCUAAACUCUCAUGCGGUAACCGGAGCCAGGCCUCCAACCAUCCUUACUAUCUAACCAAAUCCAUAACAUUGCUCUCACAUAUCUUCUGCAUAAAGAGCCUGCCAAAAUCUUAUCCGCUAUCGGAUGCAAUAAUCCUCACAUUGCUCGAACCUUAGAAGCUACAUUCUCGCCCGCCUUUUUCAGAUGUUCCAAGUUCUCCGCCUCAUACCUCAAGUCAAGUCAAGUCAAUUUAUUGUGU